GCCCACGAGCAUGGGGUGAAGAAUGUCAAAGAAAGUUGCGUAGUGGUAGAGAGUAGCUUUUUUCUACACUUGCUAUCACAUUAAUUAAUUAAGCUAAUUAAUUGAGUAUUGCUAUCCAUAACUUAUCUAUUUAAAGCUUCUAAGUUCCAUCUUCCAUAACUCACAAGAGAGAAGAGACAUUUAAACUUGCAAGAUAUGGCAUCCAAGCCUCGUUCUAAUUUCUGUUUCCUCUUUCUAUUGCUUCUUCUACAUUUUUAUUUGGGGAAAAGCCAGCUACAAUUGAACUACUACUCCAAGAGCUGCCCAAAAGCAGAAGAGAUCAUCAAGCAAAAAGUCAUUGAACUGUAUAACGAGCAUGGAAACACAGCGGUUUCGUGGGUUAGAAAUCUCUUCCAUGAUUGCAUAGUCGAGUCAUGUGAUGCAUCCCUGCUUUUAGAAUCGGUGGGCGAUGUAGUAUCGGAACAGACAUCAGAGAGAAGUUCCGGGAUGCGAAACUUCAAGUAUGUAAAAACCAUCAAAGCUGCUGUGGAGAAAGAAUGUCCCUUGACAGUAUCAUGUGCCGACAUUGUUGCUCUUUCCGCUAGAGACGGAAUUGCCAUGUUGGGAGGUCCAAAAUUUGAAAUGAAGACAGGACGAAGGGAUGGCAAAGAAAGCCAUGUAACAAUGGUAGAAGAAUUCAUUCCAAAUCAUAAUGACUCCAUAUCCUUAGUGCUUUCUCGUUUUCAAGCCAUUGGUGUAGACGUUGAAGCAACUGUUGCUCUUUUAGGAGGACACUCAGUGGGAAGAGUACAUUGCAUGAAUAUGGUCCAUAGACUAUACCCCACGGUGGACCCAAAGCUAGACCCCACAUAUGCUGCCUAUCUAAAACUUAGAUGCCCAACACCAAAUCCAGAUCCAAAUGCUGUUCUAUAUGCAAGAAAUGAUAGAAAAACACCAAUGAUAAUUGACAACAACUACUACAAGAACAUCUUGCAACAUAAGGGUCUUCUAACAGUGGAUGAAGAACUAGCUACUGAUCCAAGAACAUCACCUUAUGUGAAAAAAAUGGCAGCUGAUAAUGGAUACUUCAAUGAACAAUUCUCAAGGGCUGUUCAAUUGUUAUCGGAGAAUAAUCCUCUUACCGGAGAUCAAGGUGAAAUUCGAAAGGAUUGUCGUUACGUUAAUGCCAAUUAGUUAUAUGAUAUGAUUAUUUCGCUAUGGUAUUAUGUGUAUUUGCAUUUCAUAUAUAGAAUAAUUAAUAAUGCCAACGGGCUAAGACUUUUAUGCUUGUACUUUCGUAUAUUAGUUGUUCCCACAGAUAUUUUACUUGAUCAGCCGACAAAGGCAAUAGAAAAUAAUUCACCUUUGAAGUUUGUGAGUGUAUUAUCAAGUUGUAUCAUGCAUGAUGAUUGACUUGCAAUAUAGUAUUUGAUGUAAUAUAAA